GUUUUUUCUUGACUGUGUAACUAUUUCUUUCCCUAAUUGGUGGGGUUUUUGAUCCAACCAAAAAAAAACAUUUGCACGCAUAACAAGACUUUUUCUUUUUUUUCUCCUCAAAAUAAAUAAACUGUCCCCCCCUUUCUUGUUUAUUUCUUUUUCUUUCCUUUUUUCUUCUCUCUCCCUUUUUCCUUUUGUUUACACGUCAAUGGACGCUGUAUUAUAUUGAUUCUUUUUUUAUUUAUUUUUAUUCUUAACUUUUCCCUUCUUAUUUAUCAACAACAACAGUAACAAAAAAAAAGGAAUAAAAAGUAUCUAUGCUACAUGUUCAAGCAACUCGAUAAACCAACAGAUGUGGAUUUAAAAAGGUCUUUGGGGGAUGAUUUUAUUGAACAAUGGAAUCAAGAAAAAGUGACUCAAUGGUUAAUUGACAAUGGUUGGGCUCAUAUUGCUAAUGUAUUCAAAGAUCAAAACAUUUAUGGUGAACACUUCUUUCGAAUUACUUUAGCUGAAUUGGUACAAAUCUUACCUAGACGAAUCACUACUUAUGCCGAAAGACGGAGACUUUUGAAUGAUAUUCGAACAUUAGGUUCUGCAAACGAACUCUAUUCACCCCCUACAAAUAUCUCUAUCAAUACUGAUAUUCAAUUAUUUACUUCAAAUUCAUCUUCUGAUAAUCCAAGUCCAAGUUUACCCUCUGCUGGAACUCCAACUUCUGGAUAUUUACAAAGUCAAUCUCCAACUACUCCUUCUAGUGCUUCAAAAUUGAAUUCAUAUGAUUACUCAGAUUCUCAAAAUAUAUUGGAUCAUCAACGACAACAUGCUUCUGAUAUUGUACAAUCAACAAUAAAACAUCAUUCUUUAUAUCCUUCCAAUUCUCCUUCAAUUUCACCAUCAUCUACUGAUUUUUCAUCAAAUACUUUUCGAAAUUCAUCCAGCAAACAUCAUUCUCCAACAAGAUCUUCUUAUUCACCAAAAGGCGCGUUCGCAAAAAUUCGAAAUUCUUUUUUAUCAAGAACAACUAGUACAACAAACGAUAAUAAUAGACGUCAUCCAUCUCUGGUUAUUACAACUACUUCUCCUGCUUCCCUCAAUACCGUUGAUACUACAUCUAGUCUACUUUCACCUCCUUUGAUCAGUCCAAGAGUUUCAUCUAUGAAUUAUGAUGCCAAUGUGUUACAAAAUGAUGAUUCAAAACGUCCUUCUAUUCCUACUCGUAUUUCUUCUACACCUGACAAGAUAUCAAAAUUUUGGGCAACCUAUUCUCAUUGGCAUGGAAACAAUAAUCAACAACAAUUAAGUUUCACCAACAAUCAUGCAUCUCUACUUACCGUGAACAAAAAUUCUCCACCUGCACCUGCUGCAUCCACUUGCCAUCCUAAUUUGCCGCAAAAGAAGUCGGAUCGAAGAAUUCAAGUCACAGGCGAUAAGGAAACAUGGUAUAGCCUAAAUGUCAAGCAUAUUCAACACGUGGACGAAUUAAAAGAUCAUAUUUUGAAACGAAUGAAAUUACCAGGGGAUCGUGAUACUUAUUGUUAUUUUCAUGAAAAUGGUCUUCAUCCAAAUAUUCCAUUGGAUAACGAAGCUCUUAUGUAUCUUUGUUCAAUUGCUGAUUAUUCUGCUUCAAAUCGUAUUUUGGUCUCACCUAUAUCUUCUUCAAAUUAUACUGUGGGAUCUAUUUACUAUAAUUCAACACAUGCAUUAUCUACUCCUGAAUUAGGUCAUUCUCCAUCAGAUGCCUCUUCUUCUUCUUCCCCUCACAAAUCAUCACAUGGAUGCAACCAUUCAAAUGACCUUUUCUCCAACACUACUCUGCGGGCAACAUCACACGGUCUUUCCUCACGAAAUAAUACUGGAAGACGUCCUUUGUGUCGUCAUACAGUCUCUACGUCACGACUACGAUUAGAUACUCCUCCAGUCAUUGGUAUCCAAUUAUCUGAUCCGCCACCUCCUUCAUCACAAUCUUCAUCAGUAUCAUUUUGUCAACAAAAAAAUAGUCAACGGAGUCAAAUCAACUACGAUGUAGCUUACUCUCCGACAACUACAACAACUCAUCAUUCAUCACAACAACAACAACAACAACAACAACAACAACAACAACAACAGCAACAGCAACAACCCAUAUGUUCAGAUUCAACUUCUUGUUCAACUGUGGCACUAGACCGAUCUACAGGUUUAUGGGCGAUCCCUCCUAAGGAAAAUAAUUCUGUUGUUAUUGACGGUUCUAUGGAUAUUUAUGAUAUGGUUCAUCCCAUGACACCGAUUUCUGCGAAUCCCAUGAAUGGCUCCUCUCCUCUUGAUCAAUAUCCAAUGACAACAUUCUUACCGACUUUUUUAUCACCUCCACCAAUACAAAAAGCACCAUCGCCACCUUUAUCAGCAUUAUCAUUAGAAAACAAUAGUAAUAUAUAUCCUGAAGAUGAUCAAUUUUGGGGAGAGCGUCCUCCUGCAGAAGUGGUUUGUCAAAACAUGGAAAAGUAUUUUGAUGAUCAUGACUUGGACAAGGAGGUAGUGAUCGCCUCUGCUUCACCUACAACAACAACAACUGGAAAUAAUCAACAAGAUACCCUGACUCCUUCUUCAUUGCAUCAACCUCUGUUAUCUUCAACAUCUUCUCCUUCUCAAUCAUCAUCCAAUGGUACUCAUGGUUAUGGUUUACGACGACAUACAAAAUCCAUUCGUGUAGUGGCUCGUGAAGCAAGCAAGAAAUAUACUCAAGCAUAUCAACGUGCAUCAUCAACAUCCGCCAACACAGAUAUCAACAAAGCCGCUAUGCCGUUUCCUUCUUAUCGUUUCGCGUCCUCUUCAUCAACUCCAAACUCAAAUACCAACAAAAAUGGCAGCACCAUGUUACGACGUAAAAGCACAAAGUUAUGGGGACAACGUGUGGUAGAAGUCAAACCUGAAAGACGAGCGCGCUUACCAUCCGCGACAGAACAUAUCAGUAUGUCACAUAGUAAUCAAAAUACAACAACAGCGACAACAAUACCCAAUCAAAACAAUAAUCAAGAAAACGAUAUCCAAUGGAUUCGAGGCAAGCUGAUUGGAAAAGGUUCUUUUGGACGCGUGUAUCUAGCAUUCAAUGUAGUGUCUGGCGAAGUGAUCGCAGUAAAGCAAGUCGAGAUCCCACGAACCAAGUCUGACCGACUGGAUGUGCAUCAAAAUGACAUGGUGAAAGCUCUGUAUCAUGAAAUUGCCAUGCUACGUGAUUUGGACCAUGAAUAUAUUGUACAAUACCUUGGCUACGGUGUAGAUGAACAAGAGGCGGUGAUCAAUAUCUUUUUGGAAUAUAUCUCUGGUGGCAAUAUUGCAAGUCGAUUGGCUCUCCAUGGGGCAUUUGAUGAACCUUUGGUACGUCAUUUCACACGUCAAGUCUGUCAAGGUCUGGCCUAUUUACAUUCUCGUCAUAUCUUGCAUCGUGAUAUCAAGUGUGCCAAUAUUCUGGUCGAAGCGGAUGGAGUAUGCAAAAUAUCUGAUUUUGGGUUGUCCAAGAAGAAUGAUUAUGAUGAAGUUUAUGAUCAAAAUUCAAGAAUGUCAUUACGUGGUUCUGUCUAUUGGAUGGCUCCCGAAGUCGUAAAAAAUGAACCUUAUAGUGCCAAGGUAGAUAUAUGGAGUUUGGGUUGUACUGUCAUUGAAAUGUUUACUGGUCAACGACCAUGGAUGACUUUUAAUCAAAUUGCUGCUCUUUACAAUUUGGGUCAUCAUAAUGCUCCAGAUUUACCAGAACACGCUUCCGAAGUAGCCAAAGAUUUUUUGAAAAAAUGUUUUACAAUUGAUCCUAAUCAUAGGCCAACAGCUCUGGAAUUACUGAAUCAUCCUUUUUGUGCACUUGACCCUGAUUUCCAAUUCAAGGAUUAUAUAGACAAUGGAAAAGUCUGAUGCCUCAUAUCUUUUUUUUUUCUUUUUUACUCAUUUGUUAGUCAUGAUACCCCUAUCUUUAUUAUUAUUAUUACUAAUAUGAUUCAUCUUUAUUCCUACUUAUUUUGAUAUCCCCCCAAAAAAAAAAAACUCAAAAGAAU